AUGAAGCUCUUUCUCUAUGCAUACACUGGGCUGGCUGUUUUCAGUUCGGCAUUCGCGGCUGUGGUACCGAAGACACACUUGGUCAAUGUCGGGCCUAACGGUCAACUUGUGUACGACCCCCCUUUAUCCAUGUUUUACUUUCCUGACGUCCCUCACCCACGGCAGUUCACGAACAAAGGGGAUGUGGUGAAAUUCAUUUUCCAUCCCAAGAACCAUACAGUGACCGAAUCCUCGUUCGACUCCCCAUGUUCGAAACUCAGGGAUUCGCAUGGACGUAACAUUGGGUUUGACUCAGGCUUCCAGCCCGUAGACCCCAUCCAUCCCGUGGAGAAGAUCGUCUCGGUCCGUGUCUUGACGAAAGACCCGUUGUGGUUCUACUGCCGCCAGACCGGCCAUUGCAGCAAAGGCAUGGUGUUCGCGAUCAACCCCCCCACGAAGGGAGCUCACACCUUCGGUGCGUUCAAGAAGAAGGCGCUUGCUACGGCUGGUGGUAAACGGGAUGAUGAUGAGGAUACCGAUCUUGAACUACCUCAUUUGGGCCCACACAUUGACUAA